UUGGCUUCAAAGGAGAAGAGAAAUGGGAUCCUACACCUUCUGCUGGGUGGCUGCCAUCCUCAUCCUGGGGGCUCAAGCCUACUUACCCGUCAACUACAAGUGCGGGGUGCAGCCCAAGUCCAGAGAUGAAUGUGGAUAUCCUGGAAUUAAAGCAGAUGAGUGCGGAAAGAUCGGGUGCUGCUUCGACGACUCCGUGCCGGAUGCCAUCUGGUGUUAUACUCCAUGGAAAUUUGAAGCCACAAAAUGUAAUCCAGCCGGACCCCCAGCCAGAGUAAACUGCGGAUAUCCAGGAAUCUCCGAGAAAAACUGCACAGACAAAGGAUGCUGUUUUGACUCCGAAAUUCCCCAAGUUGUAUGGUGCUACCAGCCCGAAAUACAAGCAGUGGAAUAUGACUGUGGCGCCAUUGUACCAAAGUUGAGAGUGAACUGCGGACCCCCCGGUGUGACCCCCGACCAGUGCAAGGAACAUGGAUGCUGCUUCGACAGCAGUGUGCCCGGAGUGCCCUGGUGCUUCAAGCCUGAGGUUAAGAAAGAGACCAUCCAGUGCGCUGUGUUGCCUAAACUGAGAGUCAACUGCGGACACAACGACAUCACCAUGGACAAGUGCUACAAGAAGGGAUGCUGCUACGACUCCAGCGAUCCCGACGCCGCCUGGUGUUUCUACCCUGACAUUACAGAUGUCACCGUCAUUGAAUGAGAGGACUCCCGGCGGUCACCGCUCAUCCUGGUGCACGUCCCGGAUUCCACCUCCAUUGAUUAUCAGCAGUUCCUUGUCUAUCUCUCAUAACCAAUAAACAUUCAGACAGCA